CCAUGGGUUGUCUACUCUACAAGCUGUGCUACUUCACGGUUCCUUUCGGGGAGAGCCAGGUGGCUAUCUGUGAUGGAAGUUUCACUAUUCCAGACAACUCCCGCUAUUCCCAGGACAUGCACUGUCUCAUCAGAUACAUGCUGGAACCUGACCCAGAUAAGAGACCAGACAUCUACCAAAUAUCCUACUUCGCCUUUAAACUGGCUAGACGAGAGUGUCCAGUCCCAAAUGUACAUAAUUCCCCGAUUCCCGCAAAACUUCCGGAGCCCAUCAGAGCCAGUGACGCAGUGGCCAAAAAGAGUCAUAUCAAAGCCAGGCUCUCAGACCCCACUCCUACCUUGGAAACCUCAAUCGCACCUCGCCAACGACCCAAAGCUGGCCAGGCUCAACCUCAGCCAAUAUCAUGCAUCCUCCCCAUCCAGCCAGCUCUCACCCCCCGCAAGAGACCCAAUGUGGCCUCUGGAGCCCCCCAGGCCAUAGGUAGGAUCUGUGAUACCUCU